GCCCACAGAGGAUGGAGCGAGCGGCGGGGAGGAAGUUCCCGUUCGGAGGAGAUGGAGACGCGCUGCGGGCUCCCAUUGGGGUGAGGAACCGAGCCGGUCCGAGUCGCUGAGGAUGGCGCGCGGCUGUUUGAACCGAGUCGCCGCGGACCGCUGCUGCGUAAUUUCGGCACGUCGUUUCGAGCUCGGAGGAGUCCGUCCUCUCUGCUGGCGGCGCCGGGAUGGCUGCGGGGAGAGCUGACGCCGAACCGACGUCCAAACGAAGAACGGAAUCGAUUUAAAAGGCAGAAACUUUGCGACCGAGAGCUGCUUCAGGAGGACGAGGUGCGGGAGGAAGCCCGCAGACGCAGCAGGGCAGCUGAUGGACGCCGCCGCGAGAAACAAAGGACUUCAAGCCGCUCUCCUCCUAAUGAGAAACAUGAAUGAGUUCUCAUUGACCCGUGUUGAUCUUCUCAUUCAGGCAGGGUGUAUUUUGAGGGUAACACCUUGGACAGCUCUUCACUGUCACUCAGAACCUCUACUGAGUCCCGUUGGACCUGCCGGACCGCUGAUGGACGACCGGUCCAUUCUGACUGCAAGCGGCUCGGGAUCCUGGUUCAGAGCUCUGUAAUUGAAUCCCGAUAGAAAACGCCUCCAUCCAUAAAGAAAAACAGUCACCCUUCCUCAUUGGUUGGACUGCAGUGCACAUGCUAUAACAACAGGAUAUGCAAAGAGCCGUGGACUGAUCUACCAGCCUAUCAUGUCUCAAGCAGGCUUUUUUGUAGUUUUAUAACGAUGCAAACUGCUUAGUGUGAUAAAUUCCACAAUAGUAGACUUAAUAAUAACAACAAUAAUUGUGAUGUUUUAAAGAAACAACAACAAAAAAGGGGGUCUGUGCUGUGAAGGUACUGAGAUGUUCAAGUAUCGUCCUGGAUCGGUUUUCAGUCAACUCAAAGUGUUGCUGCUGAUGCACUCGGAUUCGAGCAGCCGGAGGACUGACCCAGGCACCGACCCAGAGCAGAGCAGGAUGAGAGGCUUCGCCAUCGCAGGCUGUGGCUGGCCGCAGAUGAGCUGCUCCCACCGGGACGACGACGAGGAGUACUACGGGCCCCGGCCACGCAGCCUGGCCCCUGAGGAUAAAGAAGGAGACAAACCCCAGGGAGCAGGAGGUCUGGAGGCGUCCUCCCUGCCGAGUCUCUCUGAGAGCGGGGUGCAAGCACAGCAGUGCAGGAUCUGCUUCCAGGGGCCAGAAAAGGGGGAGCUGUUGAGCCCUUGUCGCUGUGACGGUUCUGUGCGCUGCACUCACCAGUCCUGCCUCAUCCGCUGGAUCAGUGAGAGAGGCUCCUGGAGCUGCGAGCUCUGCUACUUCAAGUACCAGGUUCUGGCCAUUAGCACCAAGAACCCGCUGCAGUGGCAGGCCAUUUCUCUGACGGUGAUUGAAAGGGUGCAGAUUGCUGCCAUUGUCCUGGGCUCUCUCUUCCUAUUUGCCAGCAUUUCCUGGUUGGUGUGGUCGUCGCUCAGCCCCUCGGCCAAGUGGCAGCGGCAGGACCUUUUGUUCCAGAUAUGCUACAGCAUGUACGGCUUCAUGGACGUAGUGUGUGUAGGCCUUAUAAUCCACGAAGGAUCAUCUGUUUACCGGAUCUUUAAGCGCUGGCGGGCGGUGAACCAGCAGUGGAAAGUGCUGAAUUAUGAGAAAACCAAGGAUCUGGGCGACUCCAUCAGUUCAAGCAGCAAAACCGCCGGUCAAGUUGAAAGGAACUUUUCAAAUGGCAUCGCGGCCGACGGGCGGAGAACGAGUCGACACGUCAGGGCUAUCCUCACCCACCACUGUGGCUACACUAUCCUGCACAUCCUCAGCCAGCUGCGGCCCUCGAACCUGCAUGGUGCCAACCAGGAAGUGGUCAUGAGAGUGACCACGGUGUGAAGUCAUGCUGCGGUCUUUGAAGAGGAAAUAAAAGUGCUGAUGAAAUAAAAUCCUUACGUGCCAUAAAAACUACCUGAGACUGAAGUGGUAAGAUGUGCUCUCAGGUUCGUCCUGAGCCGUGACGAACCGUCUUUUUCAGACUGAGUAAAAACACAUGACUGGAAGAAAAAAACAUUGAUUUGAAUUGUGUCCUGGUCUGAAUAAGCAUGAAAAAAGAGAGUCAAAGGAUGAAGAAAAUAACAUUUCCAAAUUUUGUUCAAUAACACCUUUUCUGAACGCAUCCAUCCUUCCUUUCUUCCUUCUUCCCUUCAACAUAUUGAAAGCCAGCCCGUGGCUGAAGUAUCUUCCAAAGCCUCAUGGUGAGGGGCAAAGGAUACAGAACUGUGGAAAGUCACGUUUGGAAAAGUCUGGGAUUAUUCUCCAAAAACCUGGGCAAACUUUUUAUUUAUAAACCCUGUGACAAUUUUUACCAUAAUAAAUGUCUCAAAAUGUGACUUUGACUUUUUUAAAACUUUAUUUUAUAUAUAUAUAUAAAAAGGGCAAAAAAGACAUGUCACAGAUAUUAAUAUUGCUCCCAUCCUUUCCCUCAUAAACUGUACUUUCACAAAGAAGCACAAGCAAACACUCCUAAACGGUUUAACGGUUUACACCCACCUUCAGAAAAAAAGUUGAUGUGGCAUAUUUGUUAAAAUGUUUUAAACUGAUGUCUGUAUUAAAGUGUAUGUUGACUGGAGGACAAAUAUGCCAGUUUCAUGUUGUUGUUGGGUUUGAUGGAGAAAACUUUCAUCUAUUAAAAGGCCUUAAAAUA